CUUUAAAUGUAAACACCAUAUUAUGCUGGCUUUUAAUGUAUACAGGAAUUCCAAAUUGAUGAUAGUGCUACUUGUGAGCACCCAUGUCAUCUUGCAGUCACUAUUUUGGACCUCCCACCGUUGCUGCCUCAGCUUCAACGAGCAGCACCUGGGACCCAUUCACUUCCCUUUCCCUAAAACACCCUGCCCUUGUAUUUCUAGAGAAAUGCAGAACAAGGAAACAGUUUAAGCAAAUCCUUGCCCAUAUGAUUAGGCUCCAUCUAGCCUUCCAAACUUUCCCGAUGAGUAGGCUCCUCUUCUUCUCUGCUGUCUCUCACCCUGAGAACCAAGACAUGGCUUUCCUCCUCUUCCAACACCUCACUCCCCAACCCAACCUCUUCAUCUAUAACACCAUGAUCUCCUCUCUCUCCUCUCACAGCUUCCUCUCUCUCUACAGAACUUCUCAACCCUCCCUCUCUUUUUACAAAUCUUGUAGUCUGUCCCACCCUCUCUACAAAACCUAUAAUCCCUCCCUAUCUCUCUACAAGUCCAUGCUUUUGGCAGACAUCGCUCCUGAUAAGCACACACUCCUUGCCCUACUCAAGGCCUCCCCAUGCCUAUCUGAGGUGAGGCAGAUACACAGCCAUGCCAUAGCGACCGGCUUUUUCCCCUCGUAUCCCUAUCUCCAGAACGCUUUCAUCAAGGUCUAUUCGGAUCGCCAAAGGGUAGAUUUGGCAAGCCAGGUAUUCAAUCAGAUGCAUGAUUCUCAAGAUGUUGUCUCAUGGAAUUCCAUGAUCAUGGGUCAUGCACGCCAUGGAUGCCCUUACAAGGCUCUGUGGCUAUUUCAUGACAUGGGAGUUGCUGGCAUCAUAGCUGAUGAGUUCACCUUGGUGGGUUCACUCGUAGCAUGUGGGCGUAUUGAGGAUGCAUCCAUGGGGAAGUCCAUCCAUGCAUGGACCAUAUGUCAUUGGGGUCCAAGUAAUAUCAACAUGACUAUGAGCAAUGCCUUCAUUGAUAUGUAUGUGAAGUGUGGAGAAUUGGGUUUUGCCAAAAGGGUGUUCAAUGGGCUUAUGGAGAAGGACAUAUUCUCGUGGAACACCAUGAUUGCAGGUUAUGCAAAAAUUGGAGAAUUAGGUCUUGCUCUGAGGCUCUUUUAUGAGAUGCCAAGUCGGGAUCAAGUCUCCUGGAACUCGAUCAUUGAUGGGUAUGCACAGAAAGGGAAUUUUGGGGUUGUUAUGGAACUCUUUGUUGAAAUGCUGGCUCAAAAUGCAGUACCGGACAGAGCCACAAUCCUGAGCCUUGUCGCUGCAGCAGGGGAGGCAGGAGCUUUGGACCAAGGGAGAUGGGUUCAUGGGUGGGUGCAACGAGCCCAUAUUGACAUGGACCCAUUUCUAUGUUCAGCUCUUAUAACCAUGUAUUGUAAAUGCGGUAGUGUAGAACAUGCCAAAAAAGUGUUCAAACUUGCUAGAGAGAGGGAUGUUUUAAUAUGGACCGCCAUGAUUUCAGGCCUCGCAUUUCAUGGAUAUGGAACUGAUGCUCUUGGACUAUUCUCACAAAUGCAGAAUGUGGGUUUAAAACCUAAUGAGGUGACAUUUAUUGGAGUCCUUGCAGCUUGCAGUCACAGUGGAAUGGUAUCUGAAGGCCUUGGGCUUUUUGCUGAUAUGAGCCAACUUUAUGGCAUUGAACCGGGGGUUGCACACUAUGGAUGUGUUGUAGACCUUCUUGGUCGAGCAGGAAUGUUAAAAGAGGCAAGUGCUUUGAUUGAGAAGAUGCCUAUGAAGCCAAGCAGCUCAAUUUGGGGUACCAUUCUUAGUGCAUGCAGAGUGCAUGGAGAGGUGGAAUUUGCAGAGGUUUCUAUGAGGGAGCUGGUUAAGCUUGAGCCAGAGAGAGAAGGGGCUUAUGUGCUUUUGUCGAAUGUGUACUCAGCUUCUCAGAGAUGGGGAGAAGCUCGUAGAGUCAGAGAAGCCAUGGAUAGAAGAGGGGUGAGGAAGGUGGCUGGGUUUAGUAGCAUAAUUGUUGAUGGGGUCGUUCAUAAUUUUAUUGCUUCAGAUAAGAGGCAUCCAUUGAGUGAUGAGAUAUAUAGUGUUUUGCUUGAUAUUAGUAGAGAGAUGAAGUCUGCUGUAUAUGUUUGUGGGUUCCAAGAGCUAUGGAUGGAGACAAUUUUGGAAUGAGGCCUGUUGCUUCAAUUUGCAAUGUA